UCAUAAAGAUGUCGGACGAGGUUGCUCUGGCACAAAAUGCUCGACCGGGUGAGGACACAAUUUUCGGAAAAAUAUUGAGGAAAGAAAUCCCUUGCAACUUUAUAUACGAAGACGACCUGUGUGUGGCUUUCGACGAUGUAAAUCCUCAAGCGCCCGUCCACUAUUUGGUUAUUCCUCGCAAACCAAUACCUCAGUUAUCCAAAGCCGCCGACGAAGACGAACUGCUAUUAGGUCAUUUGCUAAUUGUAGCAAGAAAAAUAGCUGCAACGCGGAAGUUGGAUCAAGGGUUUCGAAUCGUUAUUAAUGAUGGGCCUGUGGGCGCUCAGUCUGUUUAUCACGUUCACAUACACGUUUUGUCCGGGAGGCAGAUGCGUUGGCCUCCGGGUUAAUAAUUUUGUUGAGCUGUUUUACUCAAUAAGUGUGUUAUUAAAGUAAUUUUUUGCUGCUGUAUGUAUCCCCUUUACAACUUAUAUGGCUUAAAGCCUAAUUUAAAAAAAAUACUUCGCUGUUACUAAAUUAUAUAUUUGGUUAAACAUAAAUUAA